UUUAUUCAUUUAUCCAUCAUCAUCAUCAUCAUCAUCAUCAUCAUCAUCAUCAUAUCUUAUCUAUUUAUCCACGUAUUUUCAUCUUAUUAUAUAUAUAUAUAUAUACAUUGUAGUAAAAUACUUAUUUCCUGUCAUCGUAUCAGUAGCAAUAAAACGCCACAACGAAAAUAUCAGUAUAUGCUCAAUACAUAUAGUCAUCACUUGUAAAAAUAAAUAAAUAAAUAAAUAUUAUGGAUGAAACACGGGUUGUUCAUAAUAAAAAACUUGAAUUGGAAUAUAUACGUUAUUUAUUUGAGCAACAAGUUGAAAAAGAUAAAAGUUAUGAAAAAAUUGAAAUAAUUGGUAUUGAUGAAGAACCUGGUUCAGGACGUGGUGAUAAUUAUACAUCAAUGUUAUAUAGACUUGGUAUUAAUGGUCGUAAGUGUUGUGAUGGAAAAUGGAUACCAUGGCAUACAUCAAUUAUUUAUAAAGUUUUACCAGAAUCAAAAGCACGACGUGAGGCAUUUAAAAGUGAAUUAUUAUUUCGUAAUGAAGUUGCAUUUUAUAAUCAUGUAUGGCCAGUUCUUGAAAAAUUACAAAAUAUUAAUAAUAAUAAUAAUAAUAAUAAUAAUAAUAAUAUAAUAUUUAAUGGUAUUCCAAAAAUUUAUGUUGCUAAAUCUGAUUUAAUUGUUAUGGAAGAUCUUCGUGAAAAAGGAUAUAUUAUGGCUGAUCGUAGAAAAGGUCUUGAGCUUGAUAAAUUAAAACUUGUAUUAAAAGCACUUGCUGGUUUUCAUGCUCUAAGUUUAACACUUGCUGAUACAAGACCAGAUAUAUUUAAUAAAUUGGCUGAUGAAAAUAAUAGUCAAGGAAUACGUGAAACAUUAUUUCGUAUUGAAAAUGAAGAAUGGUAUCGUAAUUAUUAUCGUGUUGCUGCUAAAAAUGCUAUAAAUAUGGUAACAGAAACAUUAUCAGCCAGUCAAAUAUAUCAACAAGAUAUUAUUGAUAAAUUACAAAAAUUUCUUCAUGAAGAUGUUUUUUUUCGUACAAUGUGUGAAUUGGCAUCAACAAGAGGUUCAUUAACUGUAUUUUGUCAUGGUGAUUGUUGGACAAAUAAUUUUUUAUUUUCAUCAAAUAAAUCAAUAAAUGAAAAUGAUGAAAAUAACAAAAAACAACAAGCUGUUUAUCUUGUUGAUUUUCAAUUAAUGCGUGUGGGAUCAGUGGCACUUGAUCUGACUAAUUUAUUAUAUUGCUGCACAUCAAGACAAGUUAGAAAAAAUCACAUGACAUCACUUUUACUUUAUUAUCAUUCUCAUUUAAUGGAUGCAUUGAAAAUACUUAAUCCAAAUAAUACAUCAAGAGAUUCUUCAACAACUUGGCAACUUUUAAAUGACGAAAUACGUAAAUGUGGACGUUUUGGAUUAGGCAUAGCUCUUGAUAUAUUACCAUGUAGCACAUGUGACAGUGAUAAUGCACCAGAUUUGUAUGAAAAUGCUUCAUCAAGUGGUGGUGGUGGUGGUGAUGCUAUUACAGAUAGCAAUGAAGAAAAUAAAAAUACUGAUGCACCACUACCUAUAAUUGGUGGUAUUGAGUGUGCCAAAAUGAUGACCGAUCUUGUUCUCGAAUUAAUUCACAAUAAUGCCCUUUGAUGCUAUAUUAUCAUAC